UAAAACUGCUUCCUAGUCUCUCGGAAAGGCACAGUCCGCGAACAGUCCUCGUCCGAUUCAGAUCAACCAGGAGGUUCGCACACUUACAGGAGCACUCAAUAGCUUGUGUUGUCUUUUGCUUCGCGCAGUUUCCCACAGUUCAACCAUGAAAACCUUUGUGUUGAAAUCAGUUCUGCUGCUGGCUGCGGUCUGUUCCGGAUCGUACAUUCCUGCCGAUACCCCUGAAGUGGCCGCUGCCAAGGCUGCUCACUUCGCUGCCCACGCCCAUGUGGCCGCCAAGGCUGCUCCAGCUGGUCACCAUUGGGAUCCUCAUGGCGCCCCAGUUCAGAAGUGGCACGGACCCAUCCAUAUCCCGCAGAUCCACAAUGGUGUUCCGGUAGAAACCCCCGAAGUCCAGCACGCCAAGGCCUUCCACGCUGCCGCUUACGCUAAGGUCAACGCAUACCCACACCAUGCCCCGGCACCACACUACGCCCCAGCCCCGGUCGCCCAUGGCCCAGCUCACCAUGGAGGUGGCGGUGCCUGGCACGGACCCCAGCACGUCCCAGUCAUCCACAACGGCGUCCCAGUCGAAACCCCAGAGGUGCAGCACGCUAAGGCCGCUCAUGCUCAUGCCCAUGCCAGCGCUGGUGCUGGUGCUCACUCCUACGGCGGAGGUCACGGACACGAAGAUGAUGGCUCCUACAAGCCCCAUCUGUACGAGGCGCCGCACUACUAAAGGCACGCCGAACGCCAAGUACGCCUCCAUUCCACGAAUGCCAAACCUUAGUAGCUAGCCACUUGUAUAAUACUCAUCACCAUUCUAUAUGUCCAUGCCCGAAGAAGCCUUGGAACGACUGUUGUAAAAAGAAAGCAUUUCACACAAACAUCCACACGUGCUGGAAAGACCGUCGCCACCGUCACCACCAUCACCACACAACUAUUGAGUGCGCCCCGUAGGAUAUUGUCGAAUUUGAAGAGUUCUCCCGCACAGUAGUGCGAGGGCAUACGACAUCAAAGUAGCCCUGCACAUUUGCGGAAGUAGCUUCAGCUCGAACAACGUAUAGAAUCGGUCGAGAAGCCGAUAAACGACUGCUUAGAUUGCGAUCAAGAACAAAUGGCAAGAAUAGAAAUCUCCAUGAGAUUAGAAAACCAAAUUGUGAGAAGAAUUGAAUAUGAGAUAAUGUGCAUGAAUCGUUUCCAGACGUGCGGCAGUGUUUGUAGUCUGUAUAGGAAUGAUCUUGUCUAAUGAGAACUGAAUGAAACUGCCAAUAAUAGCAAAGCAAAAGAUUUAAAGAGUCUAUAAA